AGUAUAAUACCAGAUGAUUCCGCAUUCUUACAUUUAUGGGUUGUCAGUUUAUUGUAAUUUUCUUCUUUUACGAUGGUGUUAUUUUUACUAACUUUUUUCUUUAUCCCAUGCCCCUGAAGGAACAGAUUAUCGCGCAAUUUAAAUAAAUUUCCUAACUUUAGGUCUGCGUACAUAUUACCUCCCCAGACCCCACUUGUGGGAUUACACUAGAUUGUUGUUGUUGAGUUGUUCGAUUAAUGAUUUCCCAUUACCUGCCCGAAGCUCAGUCACGGGAUUUGACUGUUUGGUUUCCAGUUUCGUCCUUGUUUCAAUGUGAACCUUUUUUUCUACCUCAAAAAGCCAAGGAGCAGUCUAUCAACAUCAGAACUUUUGCCAAAAUUCCAUACAGUUUUCACAAGGAAAGAAUACUACAACAGUAAAUGGAACAAGUUCAGAGCAAUUGAGCAAACAGAGAAACCUCCUGUAGUUAUUCUUUGUUUUUUUUCCCAUGUUUGUGAGGUCAUCUUCUUCUAUAAUAAAGAAAUAUUUGUUCACUUUUUCUAAUAGUAAUUUGUAACAAGAAAACAACUUUGAAUAGUUUAUUCAAAGCAGCCGCAGGAGGAGAUAUCAAACUUCUUGAGCCACCCAAGUCCCAAAAAUAUCAAUACCAAUAACAGCAGCAAUAUGGGGGAGAACAAUCCUGUAGAAAUCAAAGAUUUCCAGAUUGGAAAUUCAGAAAAAGACGAAACAAAGAAGCAACAAUUGGCUCCAAAAAGAAGUUCCAAUAAAGAUAGGCAUACAAAAGUUGAAGGCAGAGGAAGGAGAAUACGCAUGCCUGCUCUUUGUGCUGCUAGGAUUUUUCAACUCACACGUGAAUUGGGUCAUAAAUCUGAUGGUGAAACAAUCCAGUGGCUGUUGCAGCAAGCGGAGCCUUCCAUAAUUGCUGCAACAGGCAAUGGAACAAUUCCAGCCUCGGCUUUAGCCGUGACUGGAUCCUCUAUUUCGCAACAGGGGAUCUCUGUUUCUGCUGGUUUGCAGCAAAAAAUGGGUGAAUUAAGUAGCAGUAUUAGUAGUAGUAGUAGUUUUUGUAGGACCAAUUGGCCUAUGGUUAAUGGGAAUUUUGGGAGACCCCAUUUGGCUACAACAGGAAUAUGGCCCCCAUCAACAACCAAUUUGGCCACUGAGAGUUCAAAUUAUUUACAAAAGAUUACUAGCUUCUCUGGGUUUGACUUACCAGCCACCAAUUUGAAUCCUAUGAGUUUUACUUCUAUAUUGGGUGCUGCUAAUCCCCAGCAAUUACCUGGGUUAGAGCUUGGAUUAUCACAAGAUAGUCAUAUUGGGGGUUUGAAUUUACAAUCUUUGAGCCAGAUUUACCAGCAGAUGGAGCAUUCAAGAAUGCACCAUUCACAACAACAGCAACAACAAAAUCAGCAUCAGCAGCUUUCUCCAGAGGAUGAUCCUCAAGGAUCAGGAUAAUAGAGCUUGGAUUAUCACAAGAUGGUCAUAUUGGGGGUUUGAAUUUACAAUCUUUGAGCCAGAUUUACCAGCAGAUGGGGCAUUCAAGAAUACACCAUUCACAGCAGCAGCAACAACAACAAAAUUCUCCCGAGGAUGAUUCUCAAGGAUCAGGAUAGUAGAGCUUUUCACAUAACAUAUUCCAAUUUGUAGGGUACAUAUAUAAAGUGAUACUGGCGUUUACUGAGCUAGAGGCUUUUUUGGUGAAUGGUUUUAUUAUUAGGAAAUGUCUUCUUAAAAAGUGCAGAAAAUCUUUAUCAUUCAUUUUGCCCUUUAGAUCCAAAUGCCAAGUGGAGUGCCUGUACCUUGUUUGUUGAAAUAAACAUAGAAAUCAUAUAUACACGAGCAAUUUUCUGUCUUCAA